GCCACGACAACUGGGGCACCAGUUGCCAGACGAAGGCAUAUGGCUCCUGCCCGGUGUACUGCACUGCCAAUGAGAUGACAUGCUGGGUGGCGCAAUACGAUGCAAACGGCACCAUCGACUACUACUCCAGUUGGACGGAAGUCUGCGCGAACAUGUCAGAGGGCUGCCCAUGCGAUGCCACGUGGGAGAAGAAGUGCACCAGCCAUGGCUAUUC